GGCAUUGGAGAGGUCAUAGGAUGAGGCUUUCGCUGCUCACCAUUCAUCCAAGAUAAAACCAAGCGAUCAUAUAAACUCAUCGUCUCUUCAACAUUUCCCUUUGUACUCAAAACGAGAGAGAGAUUAAGUAAAAGAACGAGAGAAAUGGCACUGAGAAUGUGGGCUUCUUCUACAGCCAAUGCUCUCAAAAUCUCUUGUGCUUCCAAAGCUCAUCUCUCCCCUGCAUUUUCUCUCUCUAGAUGCUUCUCAACGGUUUUGGAUGGUUUGAAAUAUGCAACUUCACAUGAGUGGGUGAAACAUGAAGGCUCAGUGGCUACAAUUGGCAUUACUGACCAUGCUCAGGACCAUCUUGGAGAAGUUGUGUUUGUGGAUCUCCCAGAAACUGGUGUGUCUGUCUCCGGUGGUAGCAGCUUUGGAGCUGUGGAGAGUGUCAAAGCCAGCAGUGAUAUAAAUUCCCCAAUCUCUGGUGAGGUUGUUGAGGUUAACUCCAACCUUACUGGAAAACCUGGCUUGAUCAACACAAGCCCAUAUGAAGAAGGAUGGAUGAUCAAGGUGAAGCCAAGCAAUCCCUCAGAGUUAGAAUCAUUGUUGGGUGCUAAGGAAUAUACAAAGUUCUGUGAGGAGGAAGAUGCUGCACACUAGUAGUUCAUUAUAUAUGCAAGUGCAUUACUCUUGGAUGUAUACUUUUGCUGCCCAAGAAGAAAAAAAGAAGUCAGAGAAGAAAAAUCUUGGAUCCUAACUAAUUGGCAGCUCUUUUAAGAUUGUUGUAAUUUGCUAUUUUCCUUGGAGUUUUUAUUCUCUUUGUUACACUUUCUCUGCAUCUUCAUGUAAGUAAUCCGUUCAUGAUUUGUCCAUUUACAUUAUUGGCUUAUUAUC